UUGUUGUAUUGAAAAUUUUAUUUGAAAUCAAUAAAAAAAUAGUUUUUGUUAAUUAACAAUCAUGGAAACGAAUACUGUAACUUUUAUGUUCUUGGCUAGAUGUAAAUGCUGUCUUAACGAAGGUGAAUUACAAAACUUGUGGGAGCCAUACGUAUUUGAUGGAGAAACGGAAAUAUACGGGGAAAUGUUAGCAGAAUGUUUUUCGCUAUCACCACAAGCUGAAGACCAUUUGCAAAGUAUAGACAUGAUAUGUAAUUCUUGCAUUAAGAGGUUAAGAGAUGCUCUCAGUUUCAGAAGAGAAGUAAUAGCGAGCGCACAAGUGCUAAAAGAGCAUCAGGAUAAGAUGUUACUACACACAACUGAAAAAGAAGAUGAGGUACAAUCAGAGAAAGAAACAGAUUAUCAAAAUAUUGAAUAUUUGGACAUCACAGAAGUUAGUAAAGACCAGUCAAGUGAUGAUAAUUCCAGAAUUGAUGAAUCGCUAAAUCCGAACAGAAAAAUGUUCAAAAAAGAAGCUAGGAAAUGGCCAAAAAAGCUACCGAAAGAAUAUAGGAAUAAAACAUACAAACAGUAUAGUGUUGCCGCACUAAAAUUGGCUAUUGAUGCUGUAUUAGACGAUAGAAUGACAAUUGCCCAAGCUUCUCAAACAUAUGGUGUACCACGGAAGACGGUGACUGCAAAGAUUCAUGCAGCCAGGAACAAAAAGGAGGAAAAGGAUGAAGAGCCAAAUAAAUUAUACGAAAAAGAGAAACACGACAAACUUAUAGAAGAAAUAAAAACGAUAUUAACCUACACAAACGCUGUACCAUAUAAAUCGAAAGCUUCCAGAUAUUACUGUGUGUAUUGUUCAAAUGGUACAGGCUUUGAAGACGGUCAAGAUUUAAGAACACACACAAGAACGAAACAUGUAGCUGAAAGAACGGCAGGAAUAGACCAAAUUAUGAGACCACAAUGGAUGAAUGAAGUCAUCAAAUUGGAUAUACAUUGUCUACAUUGCACCAUUUGCUUGACUUCAAUACCAAAUUGGAAUGAUAUGUUCCGACAUCUUGAUGAAGUGCAUCAAAUUGUCUUAGACGAAGCAUAUACAAGAGUUAUACCUUAUAUACUAAAUAGGGAGUUGAAUUGUGCAUUGUGUAGUGAAUCUUUUACAAGUUAUCAUUAUCUUGAUGGUCAUAUGAAUACACAUUAUAGUAAUUAUAUUUGUUACGAAUGUGGUGAUAUAUUUUUAGCAGCCAGUCGGUUAAAUAAACAUAUUGAAAUACAUCAAUUGGGUGAAUAUCCAUGUCCUGGUUGCGGUAAAGUGUUUAAAUCGAAGAAAUAUAUGAGGAAACACUUUGAUUAUAUACAUAAUAUUGAAAAAAAGAUAAAAUGUUAUUAUUGUCCCGAAAGAUUUUUUGCUACAUUUGAAAGACAUCAACAUAACCUCAAAAUGCAUAAAGAACAAGUGAAAAUAAUGACAUGUGAAGUUUGCGGGAAGACAUUUGAUUGGCCACCAUAUUAUACGACUCAUAUGAGACGGAUACAUCGCACUGAAAAGAAUUACAAAUGCAAUGAUUGCGGUAAAAUGUUUCUCACGAAAUAUGAAUUGAAUAAUCAUAGAGUGAAACAUAAAAAUGAAAAGAAUUAUGUCUGUGAUGUUUGUUCGAAACAAUUUAAAAGCAAACCUGGUUUAUCGAAGCAUUAUCAAGUGUCUCAUGUUUAAAAUUACUUUACAUGUGUCAAUAAAGUUUUG